CUGUGAAGUGUGUCCCUGCCAGUUUAGCUGGAGCAAAGCUAAGUAAAAAGGCCCCUGAAGACAGAUAUGAUGCUGUUCGGUACGUCCUUCUUAUUUGCAUAAAGGUAGAUGUCUUCAUGUGGAUCAGGUAAUUAUAAACAGCAUGUUAGUAACAGCCGUUAGCUAACCGGAUCCCCUUGCUACUUGGCAGUCCCUUGAUUAAGUAGCUACUUGUCUGGAGUGUCUGGAGCUGUUGUUUCCAGCUGCUCUGCAUCACAAGUGCGUUUUGUUAUGCAAGUUCAACUUCACAAUUUACGUGUUAAUCAGUAUUGCCAAGUGUGCAGCCCUUUGUCUCCAAUUUGUUAUUGGAAGCAAGCCAAGAUUUGAGAAGUUAAGAUGUGUUCUACUUUGAUAUCCAAAGCAAACAUAUGUGUGAAGCACCUGAACCCUCUCUUCCACCAAGGAAGGUCGGAUUUUUGCACCUUAAGGGCUGUGGCUCAUUUUUCCAAAUCAGCAAAGCCUCCUGCUAUGAGUCGAACUCUGUGCACCAAUGGCUCUGUCCCUAAAGGAGAUAGCAGCCCUUUACAAGACAAUAGAGAGACAGACAGCAGGAAGAACAGACAGGCAGAUGGACAGAGCUUAAUGAAAAAUAAAACCAGUAGUCAUGGAGAGACAGAACGAAGAGUUGGUACAAAGGAGGGAAAAGGUCGCAACUUUACCUUACAACAGAGGCUCCCAAAGUCGUUGUUUGCUGCUGGGACAGCUAAGAGGACAGCAGAGAUGCUUAAGAGAAAAGCAUCCAUGGCCUCUGUGGAUGAAGAGCAGGUGGAGAUGCCCACAGAAAGACAAGGCAGAAGAGCAGGAAAGUGGGAGCUUCCUGACAAGCCCCUCUCUGUUGUGGAGUGGAAGAAAUUGAAAGAAGCAUCAGACAACCCGCAAAGAUUUGACAUGCAGAUGAUGUCAUCGCUCUUUGAAUCCAGGGCAGAGCUGGAUAUUGCCAAGUCCCUGUUGACUUUUGUUGCCGUGGAAACUGGGACUCUCUCCUACCAGCUGCUGCUCCGCUAUCUGGCCCUGUGUGUGAGCGGCGGCCAUGAUGCCGAGGUGUCCGAUGUGUAUGGCAUCAUGCGCGGGACUUUCCAGUCACUGGACACAGGAGCCUCCUCCCUCUUCAUGAAGACCUUCAGCAGGACAGACAGAUGGAGAGAGGCCAUCCACCUUCUACAUGACAUGAAGAAGGUCAUCACCCCAUCAGUACGCAACUACGGCGAUGUCAUUGCUGGGACGCUGUUGCACGGUGACGUGGUCACAGCCUGGGCACUCUAUGAUGAAGUCAUCGAAAAGGGGCUCAGCCCCUGCCAGGAGACCUGGGAUGCACUGUUUAAGGGAGGCACAAGGGAAAGGAAGGAGGAGGAAGGGGAAAAAGAGACGAGGGUGACAGAAAGCUUGAGCCAGUCACACUUCAAGGAUAGGCUUCUUGACAUCCUGAUUUAUAUGAGAAACAACCAAGCAUACCCCCAACACAGCCUAGCGAGCACCAUCAAGACCUGGUUUGAGAGUCUUCCAGAAGAGAAAUGGAGAGGAAUUUGGACCACUAUUACCCCCAAGGGUGUGUGUAAGUGUUGUGGGUCAGAACUGGAGUCCAUCCAGCUGAAUACUGAAGAGUACCAACAGCUGAAAGACAGAGUCAUGACUAACAUCAUCCAGGGACAAGAUGUCUUCAAAAAGACUACACCUGAGGAGCUGGAGAGGUUUAAGAUGUUUGUGAAGAAGAGGCCAGCGUUUGACAUGGUUGUAGAUGGACUAAAUGUAGCAAACAUCACAAAGUUGAAGCAGUCAGAAACGCUGUUAGCAGUGGUGUCAGAGCUGGAGCGUCAGGGCCAGACUGUGUUGGUUCUGGGCAGGAAACACAUGCUGCAUCCCUCCAAAACCUGGGAGAGAAACGACAUGUACCACAUAAAACAGAAAGCCCACUGCUUCUUCACUGACAACAUUUCAGAGGAUGACCCCUUCCUGCUGUAUGCCACGUUGCAUUCUGGGAACCACUGUCGGUUUCUGAGCCGGGACUUGAUGAGGGACCACAAGGCCUGUCUCCCCGACGGCAUGAGCCGACGGCUGUUCUUCAAAUGGCAGAGAGGCCACCAGCUGGUCGUGGAUGGACGCAUCAUGGCAGCCAGGAGAGUCCGCUUUCAGACCAUUCCCAGUUUUGACACCAUAAUUCAGACCACAGGAAAUUCGUGGCACAUUCCCUACGACGACUCAGAAGACAGGAGUAGCUAUGAAGUGCCGCAGAAAUGGCUCUGCCUUACCAAGACACGCUGAACACACAGGCCUACACCCACACACACACACGAUAAACGAUAAGUAAUUUAUAUCAUACGCUUUUAUUGUGAUAAUGG